AUGGUUUACUUAAGUAAUAUCGUAUCUGAUACUCAAUUAGAUAAAGAAAAAGAUGAACACAGCAAGCAGGUUUUCUCAACUUCGGUUUAUGGUUCUCGUUGGACUACUGAACCUAUUCCAAAAUAUUCAUUACCUGACAAUGAAAUGCCCUCACAUGUUGCCUAUAAGCUAAUUAAAGAUGAUCUUCAGCUGGAUGGUAACCCGGUGUUGAACUUGGCAUCUUUCGUUACUACUUACAUGGAAGAUGAAGCUGAAAAGUUAAUGAAAGAAAACCUAUCAAAAAAUUUUAUCGAUUACGAAGAGUAUCCUGUGUCUGUUGAAUUGCAGAAUCGAUGCGUUAGCAUUAUUGCUCGCCUCUUUAAUGCUCCAAUGGAUGAAUCAAUAGGUGUUUCAACUAUAGGCUCUUCAGAAGCCAUUAUGCUUGCUGUAUUGUCAAUGAAAAGAUUAUGGAAAAACAAGAGGAUUGCUGAAGGAAAACCUGUCGAUAAGCCGAACUUAGUGAUGGCAGCGUCGGUUCAAGUUUGUUGGGAAAAAGCCACUAGAUAUUUUGAAAUCGAAGAAAAAUUCGUUUAUCUGACUGAAGAUACAUACAUUCUACAUCCUGAAAAGGCUGUUGAACUUGUAGACGAAAACACAAUCGGUGUUUGUGUUCUAUUAGGAUCUACAUAUACAGGGCAUUAUGAAGAUGUGAAAUCAGUUAAUGACCUUUUGCUAGCCAAAAAUCAAAAAAAUGGUUGGGAUGUGCCGAUUCAUGUUGAUGCUGCAGCUGGUGGAUUUGUUGCCCCAUUUGUGAACCCUGAUCUUGUUUGGGAUUUCAGACUCGAAUUGGUUCGAUCUAUAAAUGUUUCGGGUCAUAAAUAUGGAUUAUGUUACCCGGGCGUUGGAUGGGCUAUUUGGAAAUCACGAAAGUAUUUGCCUGAGGAGUUGAUUUUUAACGUGAAUUAUCUUGGAUCUGAUCAAGCUACUUUCACCUUAAAUUUUUCCAAAGGCGCUGCAAACGUGAUUGCCCAAUAUUAUGUGUUAAUUCGACUUGGACGUCAAGGAUUUACCUCGAUCAUGAAAAAUUUGAUGAAUAUUGCUGAUUAUUUGAGUGUCAGGCUAGAAGCUACAAAUAAGUUUACAAUUUUGAGUGAUAGAAAUGGUAAUGGAUUACCACUUGUGGCUUUUAAAUUGAAAGCAAAGAAUAUACAUUACGAUGAGUUUGAUGUUGCCCAACGUAUUCGUGAACAUCAAUGGAUUGUGCCAGCCUACACUAUGGCACCGAAUAUCCAACAUGUUAAAUUAUUACGCGUUGUGGUGCGUGAAGAUUUUUCGCGCGAACGAUGCGAUAUUUUUAUCACAGAUUUGAUGCACACUAUUGACUUUUUGGACAAAUUAGAUAAAAAUAGUAUUUACGCGAAGAGAACUGCAAUCGAAAACUGGAAAACCUUAAAAAAUGUCUCAAUUUUGGCGUUUAAAAAUCAAUCUCAUAAAACCAAUGGAGUCUGCUAA